ACUACGGGUGAAGCGAACCUGACGUUGAUUGACAAUUUGCUUGUGUUUAUCACUGACGUUCGCCGUUGAACGAUGUAUCUCCCGCCGGUAACGAGUCGCGCGUUUAUUGCGAUGCAGAAUUUAGAUAUUCAAAUGCUAGCAACAUGCAAUCAACAUGAAAUUCGCCCAUUUUUGCCUUCGCUUGUUAGAAUGAGCCUACUUUUCCCAAUGGAGACAACACGCGGAAUGAUGGAAUGCCGGAAGCAAAUACUUGUUCUUCUUGUCGGAAUAGAAAUAGUAAAUAAUAUCGUUGCACUUUUGCAAGUGGACUAUCAUGAGUUGGAGGUAGAAGUGAAAAAAGAGCAAAUGCUCAGACAAAAAAUUGGUGUUACUCAACAGGAUAGCGCCCAUUUCCAUGGAUUACAAAAUGGAAUAGCUUUGGGAUUCGAACGUGCGGAUACCACUCGCAAAGUGCGAGUUGUACUCUCGGAGUUAUUUUACUUGCAGUCACAGAUUGCAGAGCAAAAUCUACUUGGUCCGCGUGGUUUAAGUGAAAAUAUUAUCAAACAGUCCGAGCUAUUCGAUAACGAGAUUUAUCUAGAAGAAAUCACCGAUAUUAUCUGCGUCGCGUUGGCAGAACUUCCAUCAUUGAUAACCGUUCAGGAGCUUGUAGACACUCUAUUAUAUGUAAACAAUGGUGCAGCAAUUAUAUGUUGGAUUGUGGCGAAUGCACCAGAUACAUAUAAGGAUGUCGUGGCGGCAUUAAUUUCAACUGGUGAUGAAGACACAGCAGAAGGAAAACUCAAAUUAACUGCGUUGUAUGCAUUGAGUGAAAUGAACCCUGGUCAGGCGUUGGCUACAAGGUUCUUAUGUAUGGAGUUGAUGCGAAUGCCAUCACUUAUGCUCAAAUUGAGUUUAAAAGACCCAAACGACUUGAUUGCGUUUGUGUCGGGUUUACUUCUAGGAAAUGAUUCAAACGUAAGGUCAUGGUUUGGAGUUUUCGUGAGGACUAGCCAGAAAAGAAAGGGCGACGCGUUGCAAAUGGUUCGUGAUGAGCUGCUGAAACAACUUCAGAAUUUGGUUGUUUUUUCUCACAAUGCAAAACUACCGGAGGAUUACACCGUUCAGGCUGCCGCAAUUUUACGUUUAUAUUCGGCGUUGAGGGGGAUUGCAGGGAUAAAGUUUAAUGAUGAUGAACUACAUCUUCUCGUGCAACUGGUUACCACUAAGCCGUCACCCACGUCAGCUGGAAUACGUUUUGUUUCACUAGGCCUUUGCAUGCUUAUCGCGUGUCCUUCUCUUAUCUCACAGUCGUCUUUAGAAUCAAGAGCGAUUGAAUGGAUGCAGUGGCUCGUCAAAGAGGAGGCUUACUUUGAAAAUAAGUGCGGUAUGGCUGGGUCAUUCGGUGAAAUGCUUCUCCUAAUGGCUAUCCACUUUCAUAGCAAUCAAAUAUCUGCGAUUAGUGAUCUUGUCUGUUCGACCCUCGCAAUGAAAAUUCCAAUCAGAGCGAACAAUACAAUCCGAAUAAAGCAAAUUUUUACACAGGAGAUUUUUACAGAGCAAAUAGUUACCUCACACGCAGUGAAGGUUCCGGUAACAGUAAAUUUGAAUGCUAAUAUUCCCGGCUGCCUUCCUGUGCACUGUAUUCAUCAGUUAUUAAAAUCGAGAGCUUUUUCGAAGCAUAAAGUUACUAUUAAAAAUUGGAUAUAUAAGCAGAUAUGUAGUUGUACCAUUCCACUCCAUCCUGUAAUGCCUGCUUUAAUUGAAGUGUAUGUUAAUUCUUUAAUAACACCGAAUAUGCUUAAAAAUAGUGUCGAUCAUAUGCAUAAGCCGUUAUCGGAAAACGAAAUUCUUCGAGUAUUUCGAAAUUCAUUUGUUGGAAAUCAUUUGGAUACAAGUAAAAAAAUGUUUUCCCUUGAUUCUGUCGAAAUAUCUGAAACUGGAAUAGACAAAGUUUUGGAGGACGAUACUACUAAGCCAGCGAACAUUACUUCACAGCUUUUAAUUCUUUACUACCUCGUACUUUAUGAAGACUUGCGAUUAGCAAACAUGUCGACAAUUGUACAAAACGGUCGGAAAGUGAAAUCAUAUUCAACUGAAUUUCUUUCUGAGCUGCCUAUCAAAUACCUAUUGCAGCAAGCGCAAAGAAACCAGCACGAAUACAGUGGUUUAUUUCAUCCAUUAUUGAGACUUUUAAUAACUCAUUUUCCACAUUUAAGUUUAGUUGAUGAUUGGAUUGAAGAGGACAGAAUAUUCGCCACUUCUCAAGGAUGGUCAUCUAACUUACUCAUUCAGGACAUGCAGUUAGUACAAAUGUUUGAUGAAAUCAAGCUCUGCCCUUCGAAAUUGAUUAAGGUUUUGCGUCACAUGUUGAGAAAAUCACCGACUGACAUAUGGGCUCACUCAAAAAUAGUUAUCGGAAACAUUAAAAAAAUUUUAGAUCCCAAGGUCCCACGUUUAGUCCAAGAAUUAUAUCGUAAAGUUUGGAUGCGGUUAAAUACCGUUCUCCCGCGGCGCCUGUGGAUGAUGACAAUAAACGCCCUUAUGAUGCCUGAUUCUAUUACCUCAAAAUUCACUUUAACACACGAGCGUGUUCUUAUAGAUCCACUUCAAGUGUUACGUUGUGAUGGUCGUGUGUUCCACUGCCCAGAGGUCCUUAUGAUUGUGUUGAGAAUUUUGCAAGCUAGCCUUGCAGCUUCAAAAUGCCAAUUAACAAGGCAUAUUCAGGAUAAACCGUUAGUAGAUAAAACAGGACAGAUCCAAAAUGAUACUGAACGAGAAGAGCUGAGAACUGCUCUAGUUGCUUCACAGGAAUCUGCAGCUGUGCAUAUUUUGUUGGAAGCGUGUCUUGAUUCAAGUAAAAAUAAUAAUUGGGCAUUACGUGAAAUUCGUGGCAUUGUAUGUUCCUUCAUCCACCAGAUUUUCAUCUCCGAACCUUCACUGGCGAAAUUGGUUCAUUUCCAAACAUAUCCGCGUCAGUUGCUGAAAAUGACUGUACAAGGUGUGCCUUCAAUGCAUAUCUGUUUAGAUUUUCUGCCAGAAAUAUUGGUUAUGCCUGAAAUGGAAAAGCAGGUCUUUGCUAUCGAUCUAACCUCACAUGUUUCCCUUCAAUAUGCUUUGCCACGAUCGCUUAGUGUUGCUAAACUCUGUCUUAACACUCUCUCUACGCUUCUUGGACUUUUAUCAGCGGAUUCUCGAAUCGAAAUGUUCCGCGCGACGUUACCCUGCACAGUACGGCUUGCUGAAGCCUUUCCACCACUUUUGGAUGAUUGUAUCACCUUUUUAAUACAGUUAGGUCGAAUAGCUCAUUCACAAGUAACACUUGGUAGAGGUGCAAUGUCAAUACCAGUUCUAGCGCUCGCGCCAGGAUCCAAGGUAAAAACGAAAUCGAAAAGAACGCGAUAUGCAGAUAGGUUACUUGAGGAAAUCAAGGAAACAUUUUUAAUAUUACUUUCUGUUGCGGUAUUAAGUCCAAGAAUUUAUUAGUCUUUAUUAAAACAAAGAACUUGAAAUAAUUUUUGUGGAGAUUGUAGUUGUUUAAUCUCUUGUUUGUUUGGAAAUAAAAUAUUGUUUCUUUAAAUGAAAAGAUAAAUCAUUUUUAAAAAAAAAUAUAUAUUCCGGAGAAUAGUCCUGUUGACAGUUUAUUUUGUGAUAGUUUGAUAUAAAGGUAAUAUUGUUUUACUGCAGUUUGAAUUUUGUUGGAAGGCCUGUGGUUACUCUCGUCAAAUUUGACUCUGUGUGAAUGUAAUACGCAGAAUGGUAUAUCGUUCUCUAGAAAUAUCAUUUUGCAAGUUAUUUAAAAAAAAUGCUUUGGAAACGGUUGAUGUUAUAGGAUUUUCUAUUCAGUUCGCAAAAUAAUGAAUUUAUAAAAUCAAAAUAAGUCCUGUGUUAUUAAUAUAUAUGACUGUGAAGUGUUGACAAAUAAGUCAAAGAAGUCUACUGCGUUCGAACCAAUUCUUGGACCGAUGAAAGACAAGAACGACGCAAAUUCGAAUUGUAUAAUUUCCAUUACAUUCCAGUGACACCAAUAAUUGUUAAUUAUCACGAAUAAUGAACGGACCAUGAGGGAAUACUUAAAACAUUUAUCUAGGGCAACAUUUUGGACAAUCGACUUACACACUCCAGAGGAAUUUGUUGGUGAUUUUCUAAAAAGCCUGUUGAAGCGAUUUAGCCAAGUUUUCUCCAGCAGCCGCAUCUUUGGACCCAACCCAAUAAUAACAAAUCUGUCAUAAUCGGCUUGGGCAUUUAGCCUCUUCCGUCGUUGCAUUCCAUUUUAUGUUGCUUUCCGAUUGUUGUGUAAACACGGAAGGGUCAACAGAUAAAUGAAUUAAAGAGUCAUAUUACAUUGUAAGGCUCCGCAUGGGUCUGAAGCUGUGACUUAACGUGGUAUCGGUUUGCAUGCACGGUGACUCUUUAAUUCGCUAUCAAAAAAGAUAAAAGUUGAUAAUAUUGUAUAGGAAAUUAGUUAAAAGCUACAAGUUGCUAAUAUUGUAUAGAAAUGUAGCAGUGAUAAUUUAAAUUCGUUUGAAAAUAAAAAGAUAUAGUGAAAGUGGAAAUGCGUGUGUUUUAGUU